AUGAAUCUUCUACAUUCCGCACUGGACAAAGUCCGUGACCGCUACGCUCCCAUUAAGCACACCUCAACAUUCCGAUCCACGGGCCAGAUAACCCCCGAAGAGUUCAUACUUGCAGGCGAUUAUCUAGUCUACAAAUUUCCUUCAUGGUCAUGGUCAGACGCUUCGAGUCCUGCACGCCGGGUCACCCACCUGCCUCCGGGGAAGCAGUUCUUGGUUACUCGUGGCGUACCAUGUCAUCGACGGCUGGAUGACAAUUUCGCCGGAGGAAAUGGCGCAGCGGAUGAUUUGGUUCGUGAUGGAUUUCUAGGCGGCCCUGACGAUGAAAACGGCGCCGAUGAUGAAGGAUGGCUACGAACAGGUGGCACGACGGAGAAAGAGCAAGAGGGCCUCCGAGGUGAAGUGAGGACCAUGUCUGAAAGUGGACAACUAGGCAAGAAAGCCAGCGAAGAGGAAGAGGAAGAGGAGAUCCCCGAUAUGGAGGAUGAGGACGAUGACAAUGAAGCGAUCAUCCGCGACAAGAAUGAUGGCACUUCUGCACCACUUCGAACAUACACACUCUACAUCACAUACACGCCUUACUACCGAACGCCACGAAUGUAUCUAUCAGGCUAUCUCUCGCCGUCCGAACCACUCCCACCGCUUUUGAUGAUGGAAGACAUUGUAGGAGACUACAAGGACAAGACGGUGACACUGGAAGACUACCCCUUCUUUGACAACAGCGUGAAGAUGGCCUCGGUGCACCCCUGCAAACAUGCCAGCGUCAUGAAGAUUCUACUCGACCGAGCAGAUGCCGCGCUGAAACUGCGUCUGGAGAAACAAGCCGCAGGUGAAGCCAGUGCCACAAAGAUCGUCUCCGGCAUGGAAGGUCUGAUCGACAACACUGCUCGACUAAAUCUUCAGCGAGAAGAGCGUCGAGGCCAUGAGGCCGGUGUCAAAGCAGCUACUGGAGGAGGUGGUGACGAAUGGGAAGUCCUCGACGAACAGGAUGCUGGUAAGGAUGAGGAGAGCGAGAAAGUCGCCAUCCGUGUCGACCAGUAUCUGGUGGUGUUCCUGAAAUUCAUGGCCAGUGUGACGCCGGGCAUUGAGCAUGACUUCACUAUGGGAGUUUGA